GAGAGAGAGAGAGAGAGAGAGAGAGAGAGAGAGAGAGAGAGAUUUGACCCAAAAAAAAGAAAAAAAAAGAGAGAGAGAAUGGGAAAAUUAAUGGCAAAGAGGUUUUGCAUAGGGUUUGGGUGUGGAAGAACUGGGACAAGCAAUAACAACAACAAAAGAUCAUCAUCUUCAUCUUCUUUUUUCUCCUCCUCAUCAUCAUCAUCAUCAUCAUCAUCAUUAUCCUCAUCUUGUACCAAUAACAACAUAAAAUGGGAGAUGAGGCCUGGAGGGAUGCUGGUUCAGAAGAGAUCAGAAGAUCCUAACACUGAAGAUUUAAUUAGUCUUCGAGUCUCCACUGUUUCUCAACUUUCAUAUGAAAUCUCCAUUGAUGCAAACUCUACUUUCGGUGAAUUGAAGUUAAUGAUAGCAAUAGUGAGUGGAAUUGAGGCAAUAGAGCAGAGACUCUUGUUCAAAGGGAAGGAAAGAGAAGACAGGGAAUACUUACACAUGAUUGGUGUUGGAGAUGGAGACAAAGUCUUUUUAUUGCAAGAUCCUGCUUUUAAGGAGUUGAAACUUCUUCAUCUCCCAAUAACUGUCUAGUUUUAAUUCUUACUUUAUUAAUCGAUCGAUUAUUAGCUCUAAUCUACUUGAAACAUCCUCUUAGAAAUCUAGUAAUAAGUUUUUGUUUUUUUAGGACUAUAUGUUUGUUAUCUGUUGUAUUGUCUCACAUUUGAUAGGGUCUGGAUGGAGUGAUUAGUUAUAUUCUUGUAGUUUUGUUGAUUAAGUUGGAAGAUCAGAUUUUAUGAAGAGUGCAUGAUACUCAAACACUAUUCUACAUUUCCGUUUUAGAAAUAUAUAUAUAUUGCGUGUGGUGUAAU